AAUGUAAAAUGUAAAAUGAAGAGAGAGAGAGUGACCAACGACCAAAGACACAAAAAAACAAAGACGAAAGAGCCACUCACCGAGUUAUCAAUCAAGACUUUGUCAACUGACGAAAAACUCAUCCGAUUAAGCCUCCGCUUCGGACUCCGAGUUCGCAUCCCCAUUCUUCUCCAGAAUUUCUGGUUUAGGGUUUCGGUUAUUCUUGUGAUGGGAGGAACCAGACGACACAGAUGGUUCUCCUUCCACCAACGCUCUCCCUCCUCUACUACCAUCGACGGCGGUGGCGAAACUCCGACGGAGUUUCUCUGCCCCAUCACCGGUCUCUUGAUGUCGGAUCCCGUCGUUGUUUCCUCCGGUCAAACCUUCGAGCGCCUCUCCGUUCAGGUCUGUCGGAACCUUGGCUUCUUACCCGACCUCCUUGACGGGACCCGACCCGAUUUCUCCACCGUCAUCCCCAACCUCGCCAUGAAAUCCACUAUACUCAGCUGGUGCGACAAGACCCAGAAGGAGCAUCCGCGCCCACCGGCUUACGCGUACGUUGAAGGUGUGGUUCGUGCCCGGAUGGAUUCUGGUUCGGGUACCCGGGUCUCCGAGCCGGAGAUUUUGCCCCCGGUGGCUGAGAAUUCGCCGUCGGACUACGAUGCUCUGAUGGAGGUGAUCCGAGCUCGGUCCAGAAAUUCCAUGUCUUCGAGCACUUCCCUCGAGUCGGUGACCGUUGGUCAGAGCCCGGUUCACCCGACCCGGCCCCUCAGUCACUCCAUGUAUUCUUCUUCCUCCUCGUCGGAUGUAUUCGCCGGAGCCGAGAGUCCAUUCCGAAAUCCUAGCUCCUUCUCUUCCUCCGAUUACUCAUCUUCGCCGCCGAUGUCGCCGGAAGAAGAAGAGAUCUGCAACAAACUGAAAAGCACCGACAUAUUUGACCACGAACAAGGACUGAUUCUGCUCAGGAAGCUGACGAGAUCCCGCGAGGAUAGCAGGGUUUCGCUGUGCACAGACAGGAUUCUCUCCUUCCUCAGGUCUCUGAUCAUUUCCCGGUACAACCUCGUACAGACGAACGCCGCGGCGGCGCUGGUGAACCUCUCCCUGGAGAAACCGAACAAAGUGAAGAUCGUGCGUUCAGGAUUCGUCCCUCUCCUCAUCGACGUCCUGAAAUCGGGGACACCGGAGGCGCAAGAGCACGCCGCCGGUGCGUUGUUCAGUUUGGCGUUGGAGGACGAGAACAAGAUGGUAAUCGGAGUCCUCGGCGCGGCGGAGCCACUCCUCCACGCGCUCCGAUCUGCAGAGAGCGACCGCACGCGCCAGGACGCGGCGCUCGCGCUUUACCACCUCUCGCUUAUCCCGAGCAACCAAACCAAGCUCGUGCGUUUAGGCGCCGUGCCCACGCUGCUCUCCAUGGUCAGAUCCGGCGAGUCGGCGAGCAGGAACCUCCUCGUGCUCUGCAACCUCGCCGCUUGCCCUGACGGGAAAGGCGCGAUGCUGGACGGGAACGCCGUCGGAAUCCUAGUCGGAAAACUCCGGGAUACGGCAGAGGCGGCGGCGCGUGAGAACUGCGUGGCGGUGCUGCUGACGCUGAGCCAAGGGAACCUGAGGUUCAGGAGGCUGGCGAAGGAGGCAGGGUUGGAGGAGGUACUGAAGGAGGUGGCGGAGGAGAGAGGGAGUGCGAAGCUGAAGGAGAAGGUGGAGAAGAUUCUGGAGACGUUGAGCGGCGCAGGAGACAGCGAGUACGGCGGAGGCGCGGAGGCGCGUGAGUGGAACCGCAUGCUCGAAGCGAGUGGACUCAGUCGUAGUCAGUUUCAGGCGGGGCAAAACGGGGUUUUCGCCCAGACCUCUCAGUUUUAACUUUUUUUCGCUUGUGUUUUUUUUUUUUGUGUUCGGCUGGGUAAAAAUAUUUUCUAUGGUUUAAUUUAACAUCAUUAUUAUAAAAAAACAAAAUUUGUUGUAAUUAUGCAAAUGAUUCGAAUUGUGAUAUCUGAUUUUGUGCGAUUUUAUUUA